UCUCACAUUUGCCGAUUCAGAUGGGGCUGCAAUGGCGUUGGUGAUGACUUCUACUCCUAUGGAUUUGAUGGACGAUGUGUCUUCUUCGCCGGCCGUGGACGAGUUGUUGCGCCGAAGAAACUCGAAAAAGGCGACGUUGUGGGCUGUGCACUCGAUCUGAAUGUUCCCGAGCUCAGGUUUACCGUAAACGGACGCGAUGUUGGCGCUAGUUAUCGAGAUUUCAACACGGAUGGCUAUUUCUUCCCUGUGAUGUCUUUAAGUGCCAAAGUCAGUUGCCGUUUCAUUUUUGGUGGCGAUCAAGGUCGUCUGCGCUUCGGACCGCCACCUGGGUUCUCGGCUGUUGUGGAGGCAGUUAGCGGAGAAUUACAGAUAUCAGACUGCUUAUCAUUCGGUGAACUGCAAGGAUAUGUUGUGACUGUGGACCGCACACUGUAUUCACUUACAGUUGGAGGCCUUUCGUACCACACCAGUCCGGACAUCAGAAAGUUCGCUGAAAACCUUCAUGAACUGUGGGCUAUGAGAAAGAUCGAGCUCGGUUGGAGCUAUGGCGAGACUCGCUCCGAAGCCCAAAGGAAACAUCCGUGUCUUACAUCGUUCGAUCGGCUUCCUGCCACUGAAAAACAGUACAAUGUCAACUUGUCUCUGGAUACAAUGAAAACAAUCGAAGCUCUCGGUUAUCAUCUUAUUACUGAUGCACCUCCAACGAGGCUUCGACCUGUGCGAUUAGCGCCAAAUUUCCAACAAUCAAAUGGCUACAAACCACAGCCAUUGGACACACACGAAAUUGUACUCCCAGAAGAAUUGAAUCCGCUUAUCGAGGCAUUGGCUAGAAACACCCACAAUGUGUGGGCCAGGGAGAAGAUCAAAAGAGGAUGGACAUUUGGACUCAGU